CAGUAGCUUGAUACAAGAAGUUGCCUACCAGCAGAUCUUCUGAUGUCAUUUGGAUUUCAUUAAACACAGUCUCUUGGGCUGGAUUUGCAGGGCUGACCACUCGGUUGUCAUUAGAUGAUCGCUUGCAUGUAUCAGAAAUCAUUGUAAAACCUCGCCACACUUAGUCUUUUUUGAACACACACUUUUCCAGCUGGGCUGAGAUGUUCUUGAAACCCUGGUUGUCUUUGAUGCGUUUGAAGACGCGAUAAAUGUCGCCUUCUUACCUUGUUCACGUGACUAAUAAUUGUAUUUAUAUUAACCAUUUCUGUUCCGUUCCUAACUGACACCUGAGAAUAUUUUAUUGGCACUGUGACGGUGAGCGUAAUGAAAAGUCCACGGAAUGCAGAUUUUACGCACUACGUUAGCGUGAGAUGGCAAACUGAAGGCGAACGGCCACAGAUUCUUACACAGAUGAGUUUGAUGCACAACAUUUAUCACGAAGACUUUGCUGUGAUUAAUUCGUGCAGGAGACGCUUUUGUGCUUCUUGCGGAGCACUGCUGACUCGACGAUCGUCCUGAGGAGCAGCAGCGUGGGGCAAAUUAUUAGAACCGUCUGCUAGGAAGGAAUAAGAAGACGUCGUGCAGGUCGGACGUCCUUAUCUGGGUCUCCCACGUCCUUCCCCAGCGAGUUGUGUCUCUUGACAUGAUGGCUGUGUUUUUGGUGCUUCUUCUCUCCACGCUCCUCCUGUCUCUACACUCCACUCCUCUACGAGCCUCUCCUUCCUGCCCUGUGGGCUGUCGCUGCUACAGCCUCACUGUGGAGUGUGGCUCCACAGGCCUGAGGGACAUCCCCAAAUACAUCCCUUUAUCCAUACAGACCAUCUUUCUCCAGGACAAUGUGAUUGGUCAGAUCCGUCGACAGGACCUCACCAUGCUGAAGCACCUGCACUAUUUGUACCUGCAGAACAACACCAUCUCAGCCGUGGAGCCUGGUUCUUUCCAGAGCCUCGGUCAGUUAUUGGAGCUAGCACUGAAUGGAAACCGCAUCCAUUUGGUGACAGCUGACAUGUUUCAGGGACUCGAACAUCUACGCAUUCUGUACCUGGCACGAAACGACAUCACACGGCUGCUGGACUACACCUUCCGUGGCCUACCGCGUCUGCAGGAGCUCCACUUACAGCAUAAUAGUAUAGAGACGUUAGCCGACCAGGCUUUAGUUGGUUUGACUUCUCUGGCUCUGCUGGACCUGAGUAGGAAUAAUCUCCAUACAAUUGGCCCUGCAACACUGCGGCCUCUAGUGAGCCUGCAAGUCCUGCGUAUCACAGAUAAUCCAUGGCGCUGUGACUGUGCUUUGCACUGGCUGAGGACCUGGAUUGAUGAAGAGGGUCAGCGUCUGCUUAGCUCUGCAGAACGUCGACUAGUUUGCACCGAGCCACCACGCCUGUCCCAUCUGAGCUUGGUGGAGGUUCCUCUCAACAGCUUGGUCUGCAUCCCUCCCUUGGUGCAGCUGGAGCCCAAGAGGCUUGCAGUGCAUCUGGGAGAGAGCCUCAGGGUGUCAUGCCAUGCCACUGGUUAUCCUCGGCCACAGGUGACCUGGAGGAAGGCUUCCCAGGGUAAAGUAGUCCUUUCUCCCAGAGGUUUGGUUCAGGAGUUGGAUGCAGGUGGAGGUGGAAUGGGAGGAGCAGAGGAGCCCUCGCAGGAAGGCAGAGUCAGUCUCCAGAAGACUAAUGGCGAACUCUUUGACCCCGACACUGGCAGUGGCAUGUUGUUUCUCAGUAAUGUAACUGUGGCUCAUGCAGGCUUCUAUGAAUGUGAAGCAUGGAACGCAGGAGGUGUGGCUAGGGUCACCUUUCAACUUGCCAUCAACUCAUCAACAUCCUCCUCAUCUUCUUCCUCCAUCUGGGCUUCAUGGUCCCAGGUGUCCCCACCAUACUCACCUGCCUGGCCUCGACUGAGGAGCCACGGUCCUGCUUUGGGCUCAGAUGUAAGCCGGGAACCCCUACAUGCUCUGGGCAGCAUGGCCUUCAGUGCUCUGGGAGCUGCCACUCAGACUGCCAUUGCUGUGGGCAUCUCACUGCUGACUCUGACUGCUCUGCUGCUAGUCGCCAUGAUCUACAGUCGACAUCACCAACGGGACAAAGAGGCUGAUGGGGCUGAAAAGGAGGAGAGCAUCUUGUAUGUGAAUGACUACUCUGAUGGCCCCACUACCUUCGCCCAACUGGAGGAGUAUCGUGAUGAGCGUGGCCAUGAAAUGUAUGUCCUCAACAGGGCCAAGCCUGUGCUUCCUCCUGCCCCGCCAACAGCUGUGUCCACCACUAACCUGGGCUGUUCAGCACCAUCCGAUACCUCCAGCCACACCCUCUCCUCGGGGCCUGGUCAGACCAUGAGCCCCACUCUGGCCCCUGACAAGCAGCAGCAGCAGGAUGGUGACAUACGGACCAUGAGGAGAAUGGCAGGGGAGGGAGGGGAGGCAGAGCCCGUGAUCACAUUAGAGGCAGAAGGAAUGUUUCUCAACCACACAGGCCUCUUCAUAGACUCUCCCAUUGCUUAUGAGAUCCACUGCUAAAGGAAGAAAGCAAUCCUGGAAGACAGAGCAAAAUAUGUGUGUGACCCAGUGGUUUACAGCUCAGCCUUUCUUGUUUAUGGACUAACAGGAGGCCAUUAUUGGGAUGUACCAAAAAAGGCACAGAAGUACUUUUCUGUGUGAAAGGAUUUUCCUUCUGCAAAACUACACUGACAAAUGUUAACGGAGUCAAUUUCAAUUAAAGGCAGAGCUCAAAAUCUGUCUGACCUCUAAAACACAGACAUACUGUGAUGUUGUUUGCCAAAAAAGCGAGUAGGCGAGUGACUCGGUGGUCAGUCAGAGGCUUCACACAACUGCACUGUCCUGCACAUGAUUAACUUUCACACCUUUUAGCAUUACUGGUGUGCUAACAUCUGCCCUGUCAAGACCUCAGAGCUCACUGGGAGGCUGAGUACAGGAAAGAGAGAAAUCACGGCCCCUUCCGGUUCAUGGACAUGUGGGAAAUCUUUGUUAUAUAGCUUAACUGCUGUCAGUGUCUGGAAGUUUUAAUUUAAUCCCAGGGUAGAAAUACAGUGCAUUUUGUAAUUAUAUAACUGUGUAGAAAAAUGUCAGUCUGAGUUUUAUUCUCAAUUCUCAUUCUCUCUCAUCAUCAUUUUACUCAUCUGUGUUGCUUAGUGUCCUAACAGACACAAAAAUGAAUCUCUCCUCUCUGUAGUAUGAACUGAGCUCAGUUUACCCCAACUCUUUUGGAUUUAUCCGUCUUUACUGAUACUAGCAUGUGCGGUUGGGAAUGAAUCUGAGUUCCUGCUGAGUUUUCCAGUCCACACGGAGGCAGAGUUCUUAGCUGAGCAAAAAACGUCAGCUAUACGAUCCGUAUUUGACUGCUUCAGAAUGAAUGAGCUGUGGUGAUUGAGAAAUAAAGUUUUUGAAAGCAGAAAGAGACAAGGCUCGAAAAAUCAAGAAAUGAGUACCUAGUAAAGUCUACCUGACUGAAUGUUUUUGCUUUUAAACGAUCACGUGUGAAUUAUUGUUGCCUUUAUAAACCGAGAGAAUCUUUUCUCUCUUUUCCCCUGUUCCUUUGAUCUAUUUUAUUCUAAACAUGUAGUCUAGAUCUUUACAAUGAUUAGAACACAGCUACAUAUUAUUUUUGUGGUAUACUUUGAAACUAACCACAUACUUGGGGUAUGCUUUUGUUAUCUGAAUUCACUCACCAUGACAUGGAUUUCAUGGUAAUUUGGGGCUUUGAAUUCUUUGAGCUGUUCGUUUUGCAGGGUGGAACGAUUGUACAACAUACAUCUUUAAUGAUGAAAAAACUGAAAUCAUUGACAUUUUGUAGUAAGCGGUGUUGAAAGUUCUAAUGUGUCUUUUAACUUAACAAAGCCAAAGCCUAUUUUCGUUAGUGAUCAUGACUGACAACAACUAGUAGUUUCUUUUUGCCAUCAUAAAUACUAUUUGUUUUGACAGAACCAGCAUUUAAAACAAUGGGGAAGUCUGAGGAAUUCAGUGAGGAUUUGGGGAGAAUUUAUAUUUAUACAAGUUGGGAAGGUUUUUUUGGAGUAAUUUUUAAACCGCUACACAUUCCAAGGUCAUCAGUUCAAACAUUUGUACAUAAAUGGAAGUUAUUCAGAUGUGUCACCACUUUGCCGAGGUCUGGAAGAAGGCCCAAACUGUCACCUUCAGUAAAGGUCAGAUCACAGGAAAUUCCACAAAGUCCACAAAUAAUCAACAAGUUAGUGUCCUGUCCUGAAUCACAUAUUGAUGCUUUUUAGAAGAAAGGGAACAUUUUUUGCUGUUUACAGGGAACAGUCAAGGUAUAAAGUUGCAUCUAAGAAUCAUCAAGGAUGGACAGAUUUAAACACUACUGAAACAUUUUAGACCCUCCUACCUGCACGCAGAGAACCAAGGGAUCUUUCAGGAAUAGUGAUACUGUUUUUCGACAGAACUGUUUGGUCAGAAGGCUGUGCUUUCAUAACUGUUGAUCUUUAACGUUAAACAUAACCUGCUCCAGAGCAGAUUAUGUUUGUAGAAAAACUUACCAUGGCAAAAUAUCCCAGUAAGAACAGAAAGACCUUUGCAAUGUAGAAAACCCAGCUGCACCAUAAGUAAACAAUGUAAAUCACCUGGUUACUAUAGCAAUCCGCACAGUCUUGGUUUAUGAAACAUGGCCGUUGUGUAAGUCCACAGAAAUGUGGACAGUUAUGAAAAGUGCGAUUCAAUUCCAAUUUAAUUUUAUUCAAUAAAAUUGUAUUUAUUUAGCACCAGAUCACAACAACCUCAAGGUGCUUUAUAUUGUAAGGUAAAGAUACUACAAUAAUACAAAGAGCACUCCAAAAAUUACUGAUUUCUUAAUGGUAGAGACUAAUGAGGUUCAGCUGUGUGUAAAAUUCUGUAUAAAACCAGUAAGAUUUUAGGAACCAGUGGUUUAAGAUGGCAGAAUGUAAAUACCAGAAAAAUAAAAUACACCAAGAAGAAACUUGA